CAUGAAAAUAUGUUGUGCGAAAACUUUAGCGCCAUUAGGCGCCUUGAGUUCCAAUUUUUUUUUUUUUUUGCUUUUUGCUAAAAGGUGAGAACCAAACACGGCCUUAAAUUCCAUAAAACAAGAGCAGUAGUAUACGAUUAUGUUAGAAGUGGCCAAGCCUUAUAAGUUGUUCCGUGUUUGGCUUUGCUCUGUCCCUAAAGUUGGAUUUUGACGAACAGAAUUAAACUCCAGAAAAUUAGACUUGGGCCGCCGAUCAAACAGCAAAAAUUGGGACAAACAAUCAGCAAUUCGACCACAAUUCAGCCCCAUCGCCGACCUCUGCUCUGCGAAAUCAGUUUAAACUGAAAAUGGUGGCGAAUUUUACUCGUGUGGACACGCUAGAGCUGAAAGAUCUUAUCUAUCAAAGGAUUGGACACCAAAGAGCAGAUAAGUACUUUGAUCAGCUGAAGAGGUUUCUAAGUUUGAAGCUUAGUAAAGUCGAGUUUGAUAGGAGCUGCUUACAGACGAUUGGAAGGGAGAACGUUUCUCUUCACAAUAGGCUUAUCCGAUCCAUUGCCCAAAACGCGUGCCAAGCUAGGAUCCCACCUCAAAAGGCUCGAAAAAUUGAAGGACUAAGUGUUAAGGUUGCAAAUGGUUACCAGAGGAAUUGUCUGCAAUCUCUCUAUGGUGAUGCUUUCCCACAGUCGCCUCGCAAGUGCAGGUCUCCUGUCAGCAGAGAUCGCAAGCUUAGGGAUCGCCCGAGCCCUCUGGGCCCACUGGGUAAGAGCCCUAGUUUCACGUGUGAAGAAACAGUCACAAGGACUCAAGAACAGCAGAGUGGAACAGAGUUGCAUUCCCUCUGCAGCAGACCUCCAGUUGAUGUCGUCUCAGUGGAAGACGGGGAGGAGGUUGAACAGCGUGCAGCUGAUGUCGGGAGGUGGUGGAGUCCUGUCACUGCUCCUUUCGGCGUUUCAAUUGGCGCUCGUGAGGCUGCUCCUUGUAGUUAUAAGGACGAUGCUUGUAUUGCCGAGGCUUGUGAAAAUAGGGGGGAGUUGCCUGAUACGUUAUCUUUAAGAAGGCGUUUGCAGAAGAAGUUGGCAUCGGAGGGAGUUGGGAUCUCGCUGGAAUGUGCGGACGUGAUAAACAACAGCUUGGAUGUGUUCUUGAAGAGAAUAAUCGAGCCAUGUGUGUCGAUUGCUUCCCGUGAUCUCGGGAGACAAUCAAAUAAGGCAGUGAUGAGGUCGGAUAGAUCUACGAAUGUGAGUAUGCUGGAUUUCCGGGUUGCGAUGGAAUCAAACCCUCGUUUGCUCGGGGCGGAUUGGCCCGUCCAUCUUGAGAAGAUCUGCCAUUACGCCUCUGAGGAGUAAGUAGUAAAGUAAAACUCAGUUGAAAGCGGGUGGCUGCCAGUUUUGAAAAUGGCGGUUGCAGUUGCAGAGGAGAAUGAGCCAGAGAGGUGUGAUGAUGACGAUGGUGGAGAACUAUAUAGAGAUAGGUGCUAACAGCAUUAAUUGCUACUGCUAGGAAGGGGGAGGGGGAGAUGAUUACUCCAUAUGAGUGUGGUUUUACACAUAGAUAUCGUGUUUUAACAUUUCAUUGUCAUUAUUAGAGUUUGUAUAAUUUUUUGGAGUGGUGCCUACCUUGCCUUGCCUUGUAAAUAUAUUCUUGUUCUUGUAAUGAAAGAAGCCUCCAUUUGUGGUUUUAUUAUACCAAGAAAA